GCAGCGCGCAUUUUCCCGCCCUCACGCCCUUCCCCCGGCCCGCACGACGCCGCUGUCGCCGCUGUCGCCGCUGUCGCGAUGUGGCGCAGCGCCGGCCUCGCUGGCGACGCGCAGGCUGAGACCAAAGAGGAAUUUGUUAAAGUCAGAAGGAGGGAUUUGGAAAGGCUGACAACUGAAGUUAUGCAACUACGGGAUUUCUUACCCAAAAUAGUAAAUGGAGAUAUCUUGGGGACAUUCCAGAAGCUGGAUGCUAUUGAAUCAAACCUAGAGAAAAAGGAGGAGGAAAUAGAGCAGCUGAGAAUGGAUUGUGAACACUUCAGAGCCCGUCUGGAAACGGCCCAGGCAGAUUGCAUGAGAGAGAAGAAGGAGAAGCUGGACCUGCGGCAGCAGCUGAACGAGGCCAAGCAGCAGCUCCUGCAGCAGGCAGAGUAUUGCACAGAGAUGGGAGCAGCAGUGUGCACCCUGCUCUGGGGGGUGUCCAGCAAUGAGGAGGCUGUGAAAUCCAUCCUGGGAGGAAGUAAAGCAGUAAAGUUUUUCACAAUCACUGCCCAGACCAUGGAGAGCUUUGUGAAGUCAUUAAGUGAAGACAUGAAACAGCAGGACUUGGAUUCUGAGGAAAAUCAGUUUGUAUUGGCUUUGGCAGGGAUUGUAACAAACGUGGCUGCGCUGGCGUGUGGCCGUGAGUUCCUGGUGAGUUCCAGUCGGGAAUUACUGGACACCAUGUUGCAUCUCCUGGGAGACAUGAAGCCAGGACUCUGUAACAAAUUUAAAGUGCUAAUGCUGAUGUCACUUUACAAUGUGAGUAUCAACUUGAAAGGCUUGAAGUACAUCAGUGAAAAUCCAGGUUUUAUUCCCCUGCUUUGGUGGCUUUUGAAUGACCCGGACACGGAGGUGUGCCUGCACGCCCUGCGCCUGCUGCAGUCGGUGCUGCUGGAGCCGGAGGUGCUGGCCCGGGCGGGCGCCGAGGUGCGCGAGACGCUGCCCCUGCAGCGCAUCGCGGCGCUGGCGCAGAGCCGCAACGCCGAGCUGCAGGCGCUCGCCAAGGAGCUCCUCGAGGACCUCAGAGUGUUUGAGGGAGAGGCGUAGAGGAGCUCCACGACACGAAAUCCUUAUGUCUUCUCCUGUAUUUUUAUGCUGCAUGAGUUGUUGGAGAUGGGCUUGACUGAAAAAAACCCCUCUGCCUGAGUUCUUGGCAAAAUCCUUUCCAGGCAUUCGAAUGAACCCAACCAAAACCCUACUUGAGAAAACCUGUUGGGUUUUAGAUGCCAAAUUAACACCUUGGGUGAUCUGGUAGAGAUGGGACAGGCUUGAUUUCUUUGAGCGCAGUGAUAAUGGGUUUCCAAAAUGGUGUGUGGCUAUGUUGUGUAUUUGCUGUCUAGAUGGGGUAAAAAUAUUCUCAUUCCUUGAUAACAGUUCACUGCAGUGGUAAAUAAUCCUUUUAGUCCAUCCUCAAGAAUUACUGUACUGUGAGGAAAGCUCUGUUGCUUUUCAUAACUCUUCUGUGUCGGAAUGCACCCCAAGUUCCAGUUUUAUUGUUGUUUUUUCUCACCUCCCUCUUUCUAUUGUAAUAAAAGAAAACUGAAAUUCUGUAGCAUGUAAUGGAUUCUGCUUUCAAAAUUUGUAUUCAGAUUCACUCUUAACUGCAAGUCAAGCUGGUCUGUGGCUGCCAGGCAUGCUCGAAACUGGGCUAUUGUUUUUAGAAAAGCCCUGAGAAGGGAGAUAAAUUGCAGUUGUCUGUGGUAUCCAGUUGUGUGCUGAAGAGGCUAAAAUGAGCUGCAGCUCUGUUGUGAGCAGCAUCACAUGCCCUCCCAACUCUGGGGUUUGUUGGAGCUCUGGAGUACAGCUUGCUUACCUCAGGGGUAAAUACAAGCACUUGGUGCUGGAUAUUGAUAGAAUUUAUAAUGGUUUUAGAAAAUGAUAACAUUCAUUUCUGUGAUGUCAGAAACAGAACCAGUUAAGUGAGGCUACUCAAGGGAACGGAAAAUGAGAAGUGCAAUGCUGUGGUAGCACCUUUUUCCAUACUAAAGUUAUUGCAUCUCAUCUGUGAAGCCAGUGUGUUAACAAAAUACAAUGUGGACUUCAAAUUACAGAAAACACAAAGUAAACUUCAUAGGAUUUAAAUAUUAUGAUUGGCAGACAGCUUUAGAGGGAGACCACUGUAAAAUCUGUAAGUUAAGGUAUAGGGCAUCUCCCUUUAGGCUGCUUGCAGAAUGAUGGAUGUUGAGUUAGAAAUGUAAUAAAUCAGCUUGAAAUUACUUGGCUCAGAUGCUGGAGAUGGUAACAGUCUGGUUUGGGGCUGUAAAAUAAAGAUUAAGAUGGAGAUCUCACAUACACAGGUGGGUUGCACAGGGUUCUGCCAUGUCUGAUUCAGCACUACAUUGAACUUGCCAAGUGCAGAUUUGUGGAAGGCUUUAAAUCUUCUGUAAAGUGUGCUUUCUUUGGAUUUGUUUUCUUAUCUUGCUAUCCUAGUUAAUCCUCCUAGAGUUUAAUCCUAAAGGGA